AUGCAGCUGGCAUGCAUUGCGCGCUCUGAGGUGAGCGAGAAGGACGCGGAGCAGCUGGGGCGGCUGCAGAGCACCGGGGAGGUGUACCGGGAGCUGAGCCUCAACGCCGCCUCCCAGGAGCACCGGCUCAAGACCUACGGCUGUGUGCGGGAGAACACUGGCUACGACACCACGGACCCAUGGCUUUGCGACGAUGCGAUGGAGACCCUUUGCGCGCUGAGACCAGGCUCCUUGGUCACCAUAGCUGGCACGGAGGAUCUCUGCGCAUUCUUGGGGGCGUCGCCCUACACAGAUGGCUUCAUGCUGGUUCGCCACUUGGAGUCCUUGCGGACCAUCAGCCUGGCGGGGGAUUCCCUGGUGCCCGUCACCAGUCCUCCGCCUCAGCCUGGCGACCAGGCCGUCUUCGUGGGCUUGGACAAAGCCCUGAACGGCUGGCCCUGCCGCUGCGGGCCGCGCGGUGAGAAGCCCACGUGCCAAGGCGCUGGCGAUCGGGGGCGGUGGUUUUGGGUGCUCUACACGCGACAGGACACCAACGGCAGGAAUACCUUGGAGAACAAGUCCAUGCUGCUGGUCCACGAAGUGAACCUGGCGGUGAUCCCCGGUCGCCCGGCGCGCGCGCAGCUUUCGGCCCCUCUGGACGCGGAUGUGCCAAGAGCGCUGCUGCAGCCACUGGCCUUCGGCAAGCAGGAGGAGGAUGCCUUGCACUUUGCCCAGCAGCAAGUGCGGGAGAUGUUGGCGAGCGCAGCUCCGAAGCCAGGCCUCGAGGCGGAGGCGCUGGCGGAGCUGCGGGCGGAGCUCCGCAGCUGCGGGGAGCACCGGGACCUCCAAGGGUCUGACAACCUUGUCGCAGUGAUCCAGCCCCGCAGCCUUGAUGAAAUGAUCAAGGACGAGGAGCUGGAGCUGCGGCAGCGCGAGAAGGACCAGGAGUUCUUGCGCAGGCAGCGUGCCAGAGCCAAGAGGAAGGCCAACGAUGCGGCGGUCAAAGCCAUUUGCGACGCUGAGCUUUCAGCCACGGCCAAGGUGGCUGAGGCCAGUGAGCGAUGUGACGCUGCGAAGGCCAAGGAUCCCGCAGCCAAGCCCAAGCCCAAAGCAAAGGCAAAAGCGAAGGCCAAGGCCAAGGCCAAAACAAAAGCGAAAGCCAAGGCUAAAGCAAAGGCCAAGGCCAAGGCUAAAGCAAAGGCCAAGGCCAAGGCUAGAGCAAAGGCCAAGGCGAAGGCAGAAGCGUUGGCCAAAGAAGCCAAGGCUGCCAACGAAGACCAAGGAGAGGUUCAAGGUGUCGAAGGCCGAGCGGCGCCCAACGAGCUGGAAGCCCCUGCUGACGUCUUCGCCCUCUGGAAGCGUUUGCGUCGCAAGCGUCGGCGGGGCAGAUUUCGUCUGUGCUACAAGCAGCCUCCGCCUGCCAGCUACAGGCUUGAAAUGCGAGGAAGCUCAGCUUGUACUCCUAUGCCAGUGGAAAGUGCACGGCGGCUGCGGCGGGUGCUGGUCCGGCUCCGCGGCAAGCAGAGCCAGUAG